AUGCUUGAAAGAGACUUACGACUUCAACGCAGCUCUCGUACCGAACACGGUGAAAUUGAGUUACAGUUGAGCCGAGCUGACCUUCAAGCACUCGAAGAUCUCCUCAAUUCGAAUGGUACAUCACUCCCGUUGAAAUCUGCACCUAAUGUUACGAACUCUCACGAAAUCGCACCUCAAGAUCCAAACACCUCCAAGGUGUCUUCAAAGCCCCAACACCCUGACCUCGCAGAUGACCAUACGAUCUUAGGAGGUUCAUCGCAUCAUGUACACGCCACUUCAGACUCUCCACCGCGCACACGACAACGCUGCGAAUCAGACACUUCAGCUCCUGAAACGGUGAUCUUUCCAACCGCUCCAGCUUCAAGCGGAGCGCAUCAGGCUGAUCAAUCAGAGACUAGUAUAACUGGCUCAGAUCAAUCAUUAAACCCGGUAUUUGCGGAAGAAAACAAACCUCAGCACGUGCAGGUUCCCGUGCGAUGUUCUGUUACACUUUGUGGCAAGUCAUUUCGAAUUUAUCUUUGUUUGACGUUGACCAGGCUACUGAUCCUGUCGACUUACGCUUGUCAAUCUCUCGCAAUUACAGACUCUGGCGAUGAGAGCACUGUAUCCCAUCCUGGUGGAUCAUCAAUCACACCUCAAGAUCCGAACACCUCUAUGGCAUCUUCGACGCGCCAAUGCUCUGACCCUUCAGGUGACCAUACAAUCUUAGCGCCUGAUGGAAUGAACUCUGGCGAAAUUGCACCCCACGAUCCCAACACCUCUAUGUUGUCUUUAAAGCGCCAACGCUCUGACCUCUCAGACGACCAUACGAUCUUAAGGGGUUCGUCGCAUCAUGUACACGCCACUUCAGAGUCUCCACCGCGCACACGACAACGCUGCGAAUCAGACACUUUAGCUCCUGGAAAAGCGAUCAAGUCUCAGUUUCCAACCACUCCAGCUUCAAGUGCAGCGCAUCAGGCUGAUCAAUCAGGCUCAGAUCAAUCAUCAAAUCCGGUAUGUAUGGAAGAAAACGAAACUCAGCACGUGCAGGUUCCCGUGCACUGUUCUGUUACACUUUAUCCGAACACCUCUAUGGCAUCUUCGACGCGCCAACGCUCUGACCCUUCAGGUGACCAUACAAUCUUAGCACCUGAUGGAAUGAACUCUGGCAAAACCGCACCUCAAGAUCCAAACACCUCUAUGUUGUCUUUGAAGCGCCAACGUUCUGACCUUUCAGACGACCAUACGAUCUUACGGGGUUCGUCGCAUCAUGUGCACGUCACUUCAGAGUCUCCACCGCGCACACGACAACGCUGCAAAUCAGACACUUCAGCUCCUGAAACAGCGAUCAAGUCUCAGUUUCCAACCGCUCCAGCUUCAAGUGCAGCGCAUCAGGCUGAUCAAUCGGGAAUUAGUAUACCUGGCUCACAACAAUCAUCAAACCCGGUGUCUAUGGAAGAAAAAGAAACUCAGCACGUGCAGGAUCCCGUGCGGUGUUCUGCUACAUAUUAUGGAAGUGAAACACACUCAAGUCAAGCUGGCCAUCAGGACCCCGACAAUCUCCUCAAUUUGGUUGAUAACGCACUCCCAUCGAAGCCUCCAUCAGACGACAUGGAAUCCGGAAACGGGAGCACUGCAUCUCAUCCUUACAACGAUAAGAGCCCAGCAGUUCCGCUUUGUGAAUCACCAAUUGCCUCGAACAAUCCAACCUCUUGUAUGGUAUAUCUGAAGCACCAACAUCGUCAACUCUUGGAUGUACAAGCACCCUCAAGGAGCUCAUCGCUUCCGGGACACAAUGCCUUAGUGUCUCCACCGCUCCCGCGACGGCGCGGUGUAUCAGAUCCACCAACCGGAUCGACAAAUUCAAAAUCACACCCAGUGUCUGUGGAAGGACAAGAAAACCAUUACGUAGGAGAUCUGGUGCGGUGUCCUUCUGGUACACAUGAUGGAAGUGAACCACCAUCGAGCCGAGCGGGCCUACCUUUGAAGAGGCAAUGCUCUGACCCUUCAGGUGACCAUACAAUCUCAGCACCUGAUCGAAUGGACUCUGGCGAAAUUAAACCUCAAGAUCCAAAUACCUCUAAGAUAUCUUUGAAGCGCCACCGCUCUGACGUCUCAGAUGACCAUACGCUCUUAAGAGGUUCAUUGCAUCACGUACACGCUACUUCUGCUUCUCCACCGCGCACACGACAACGCUGUGAAUCAGAUACUUCAGCAUUUGAAACAGCGAUCAAGUGCUGGUUUCCAACCGCUCCAGCUGCAAGUGGAGCGCGUCAGACUGAUCAAGCAGAAAUUAGUAUAAUUGGCUCAGAUCAAUCAUCAAACCCGUUGUCUAUGGAAGAGAAAGAAACCCAGCACGUGGGAGUUCCGGAGCGGUGUUCUUCUGGUACACAUGGCUACUGA